AUGCUGAAGAGAACGGUGCGAUGUCUGGCGCCAGCUGGCGGUGAUUCCACGACGCCGGUGAAGUUGCUCGGAUUCGUCCCCGGACGACUGACCAGGGCGACAAAGAAGAAGAAGACUUUCAGAGAAAUGAACAAGAGCCCGGCUCCGGACGAGGAGCUGACGCGGUUUCUCAAGACGUCGCUGAAUGCAUACCCGAUCAACGUCGUUGUGCGGAACAAGGCCCGGGCACUAAGCUACCAUUUGAAGCGCCUCGUGUCCGACAUCGAAGAGAUACAGGACACGGCGCCCGACGAGGACCCGAACGACCUCCCGCUUCUCAUCGACUACAAGGUGAUCGACGCCACGCGGAACAAGCCGCUGCACAGGGCGUUUUGCAGGCAGUAUCCGCAGAUGCAGGGCGUGGAGGACAGCAGCAUCGUGGUUGUCUCGUUCACGAAGGAGGGCCUCGACACGGACACAAGCUUCAUCAGCUCGUUCCAGAAGAAGUACGAGGACGCGUUCGGGGUGUCGGGCUGCAUCGUGAACACACACACAUACCCGUACCUGCGAGACCUCAGCAGGUCGAAGAAUGGCGGUGUCGGAGAGAACAUGUACAACAUCGCUGCCCUGGGCCUGGUGAAGGUACACAAGCAGGACGACGGGUCGUUGGUGCUCACGCGGGGAGGCUCACGCGGGGACGACGCAUGA